AAAGAGCAUUGUUGUCCACAGCUGCUGUGUUGCACCGGUGUGCAGAGAGUGGUAACAGCUGGAACAUACUUACACACACUGCUCCUCCCAUGUUUUCACUCAUCCCCAUUCUGAGUUGCUUUAAGCAGCUCCACUUGAGCUGUUGUGGGGCAGUCGCUUUCUGAAUGUCUCCCACUCACAACACCCUCCCUGGUUCUCUGGAUCUCUGCCUCUCUCCUUCCCUCUGAUGCUCCUGUGUUGGCGGCUGCUUCUCUGCAUCUCAUCCUCAGUGUCUCCCUCCUACACCAAACACUGCCAGCCUUGAUCUGCACAGACAGCUCCUCAAGGAAAUGGCUCCCAAAAAGAAAGUGGGCUACAAGUGUCGCAUAGCAGGAGUGAUUUUUCUCCUGUUGGCCGGUAUUGCUGCCCUCGUUGCUGUUGCUGUUAUCCAGAAAACAUUAAAGAGUCAAGAGUACGGCAUGGAGUAUGGGAUAGUGAUAGACUCUGGUUCAUCCCGUUCCAAUGUGUACCUGUAUGAAUGGCCGGGGGAGAAGGAGAAUGAGACAGGAGUCGUGACGGAGAAAAUGAACUGUAAAGUUGAAGGUGUUGCCAUCUCAGGUAUGAAGGUUGAUCCUCAGUCAGAUGCGCAAACAUGGAGAGGAUUUGAAAAUUGUAUAAGUAAAAUCAAAGAAACCAUUCCUACUGAAAAGCACGGAAGAACACCUCUCUUUCUGGGAGCUACAGCUGGAAUGAGACUGCUACAUCAGAAAGAUGAACAGAAAUCGAAUGAAAUCAUGGAUAGUCUUAGAGAAUACCUGAUUUCAUCGUCCUUCGACUUCCAGAACGCUUCCAUCAUCACCGGACAGGAAGAAGGGCUGUAUGGGUGGAUCACGGUCAACUACUUGAUGGGAAAUUUCUUGGAGAAAAACCUAUGGAACACUUACGUGCGUCCACACGGGUCAAAGACAGUCGGCUCCAUGGACCUUGGUGGAGCAUCAACACAGAUUGCCUUUCAAGUUGAGGAGAAUGGAAAUGGGUCUGACUACUUGAAGGUCAAACUCUACGGUUACCCCUAUACGGUCUACACUCACAGUUUCCUCUGCUAUGGCAAAAAUGAAGCAGAUAAGAGGAUUCUUGACAAGAUAAUCCAGGCAUCAUCUGACCCGACCUACAUCAGAAACCCUUGCUACCCCGAAGGAUACAACACCACCAUGAUCGCCUCAGACGUUUACAACUCGGAGUGCACGACAAAACCCAAAACCUACAACUUGAAUCAAAACUUCUUUCUGGUUGGGGAUCCAGACUCCGAGAAAUGUGGAGAAAUUGUGAAGUCCAUAUUUGAUUUCAAAACCUGUUCAUCAUCACAGUGUUCCUUUAAUGGGGUUGAGCAGCCACCCGUCACUGGAGAGUUCAUGGCAUAUGCUGGAUUCUACUAUCUUACCAGAGCUCUGCUUUUAAAUGGCACAACAGAUCUUGAUCAGUUCAAGGCAUCAGUUGGGAACUUCUGCAGCACACAUUGGACAGUGCUGAAAAAACAAAAGUCGUGGAUCAAUGACAAACACCUCCGGACGUACUGCUAUGGCACUCACUACGCCCUCACUCUCCUGGCAGAUGGGUACAAGUUUGACAAAGAGACCUGGAAAAACAUUCACUUUGAAAAAUCCAUAAAGGAUACGCACAUAGGCUGGAGUUUGGGCUACAUGCUGAGUUUGUCCAACAUGAUCCCGUCUGAAGUGAAAGAAAUCCCCCCGCUGACAAAUCCCGUCUUUGCCGGCCUUAUCUUUUUAUUUUCAGCAUUAACCAUCGUGACUGCUGUUCUAGUGUUUAUCACUCUCAUUCGCACUUGCUACUGAAAAUGGGAGUAACAGAGGGAUAUAGCAAGAACACCGAGGGGCGUUUUGUAAGUUGUAGGAAUGUACUACAGUAGCAUGUGCUGAGGCAUGUGUUCAGAGUUGCUGAUUGAAAUGUUUAUGUUUUUUUCUUUCAACUUAAUCCACUGAGGCAAGCUUCACAUGAAAUCUGCGACUGUACAUAGAAAUGAUUGAAAUUUAAUUCUCCACUUUUUAAUGCAAGUAAAUACGUGCUAAGCAAAGUCCAUGACCUGCAGUAUAAUUUAACAAUAUGUAGAAAAUAGUCAAUUAAAAAAUGUUCUCUUGACUUUUGUUUAAAACCAUCCUACCUAUUGAGCUUGUACAACUUAUAUCAGAGGAACAUGUGAUCAAUGUUUAAAUGUCACCCUGUAUGGUAAGCUUCACGUUAGUACCAUGUUGUGCCAUUCCUGGUCAAAGUGGGAAAUUUACUCCUAAAAUCAUCAAAAAAAAAAAGUUGUUAGGCUGAAGAUGUUGCCCAAAGGACAACUCAAACGGGCCAUUUCACUGUUUUCAAAAAGAAAAACAAGCAGUAUAGGUUGGCCAGCGACAUCACUACAUUGACUGAAUGUUUCUGUGAGGUUCUCAGAUUGGCUUUGUCAGGGUCAGCCACGGAGCUGGUGGACAGUCGAGAAGACUCGCUUCUCCUUGAUUCAGUUUCAACUAAAUGUGUCUUCAUUUCCAGUUCCUGUAAGGUUUUUGAAUUCAACCCAGCUGUGGUUCCAGGCGGGUCACACCGAGCGUUGCACGCAUGCAAUUGUGACGUCAUCAGACUGCUGCCUGUGGAUUGACUAAGCCAUGGCAGAACUUGCAAACUCCUCCAGCAAACCUUACCUUUUGAUCUGUUUUAGGAGAUGAGCGCAUACAGCUUGAGCUUGAUCGAAAUGAGCAGGUACACCAGGAGGUUUUGGACAAACUAGUUGUAAGCCCUUUUAAACAGUGCUGAGUCACAUAAAAAAAAGUCAGACUACCGGAUGAUCAAACCACGAUGGCCAAAGCUGCCUGUUGACGAUCUGCCCACAGAAAGCGAACCAAACAGACAAGAAGCGAUUGUAGUGAGAUCUGACAAUAGAGAAGAGGCUUAAGUAGGAAGACAUUUUCUGAUAGUUUCAAGUGUGUCCCGACCACCUCUCCUCCAGAUUUUCACUCUCCAUGGGGGCUCUGGUGUUGGACACUCUCCCCUAUCUUCAACAUGUUCCUCAGUCCCUAUUUGUCCAAUAAUAGAUCCCAUUUUUGUUGCCGGUUGCCCCACUGUCUAAAUAAGACUAGUCUGGGUUAUCCCCCAGCCAUGCCCCUGCAUGUCUCUGGGGUCUGGUUUUCUGCUCAGAGGGACUCUGCGAUGUUUGAGAAUAAGGCACAUUUGGAGGCUCAGUGUGAGGCACAGUCUGUGCUCAAACCUCAGAACUCCAUCUUCAGUGUGGUGCAACAGUCUUAGAGAAUAAUAUUUACUAUGAGUCUCCAAGCUAACUGUCAUACACAGAAUAUGCCUGUCCAUCAUGUGGGUACAAACACUCAGGACAACACCAACACUGGUUAUGUUUAAAUGUGAUAGAAUGUUUUAGUCUCUGAGUGUCCUGUAGAUUUGCGAUAGUAGAGAACAAAAUGUUAAAAAGGUAAUUUUGUUGGAUUUUUACCUCAGGGAAACUCAAACCGUUUCAGACAGUUAUCAUUUAUUUGACUUUGGUCAAGAAAAUGCACACAAUAGUAGAGUGAUGAAUGAAUUGGCAGCAAAAAAAAUAUAAUAAUAAAGAUAAAUAAAUAAAAAAGUCCAUUUGCCCACUGUAUGAUUUGAAAAAAAAAAAGUAAUGUCCUGAUGAGAUUCUAGAUGUGUAUUCACAUGUGUUAUAAUAGAACUUCAGGCAAAAAGCAAGUGAUACUAACUCUUUUGAUCAUCAUGCUUAUUCCUGUGUAGUACAUGUUAUUGCAUUAAAUGCAUCCGCUUGAUUUAAGAAUAAUGCAGUGUUUAAAACUUGUUGGUGCUCAACAGCACUCUGCUGACUGAAAGCCUCCCAAUAACCCACUGAAAUGUUUAUUGUGCCAUUUUAAAAAAUCUACUGGACCUUCUUGCUUCUUAAAGUUUUAGAUCUUUUUUUGAAAGACUUCAGUUUUAAUUUAAUCCUUUUGGCUCUCAAAGAGUCAAAGUUCCACCCUAUCAUCGAAAAAACAAAACAGCUUUUGAACAAAAUUUAAAACACCUUGUAGAACCAAGAAAGGGAAUCUAGCUGCUCUCAAUUGAAGCACUUAGCAAAUAUUAGUGUUACAUUGUGUUAUUAUUAAACUGUCUCAUCAUAAUGUUGGAGGGAAUAAUUUCUUUAUAAAGAAAUUACAAAAAAAAUGUAAAACUUUUCAUAAAGUUCCAAAUGAAGGUGAUUACAUAAACAUGUCAAUGUCAAUGAAAGAAAUGUAAAUUUGUGUUGUUUUUAUGGUCUGACUAUCAAUCAAUACAUGCAUUUCGUUAACAUUAUUGUUGGGCUUGAGAACAUAAUGCUAAUUUCUCAUUAGAUGCACACUGUUUCGGGAGCAUCUUAAUGUUCAUUAUUAUUCUAGUGCAUAAUAAACAUACCCUGUAACUGCA